AGUUUGCUGUCCCCACUCUCCACUUUAAUACCAAUUCUCAAUCGGGAUUUUAUACUACCCCCUCUUUGACUCUCUUCCUUAGCAUUGGCUUCCCAAUCAGCUGCUUCGAUUUAAGCAUCAAGUCCCCGAUUAUCUUGAUUUCUCCGUAAUUGGGGAUUUUCUUUCAUCUCGGAUUCCCACCGAAGUGGCUACUUGGCCUCGCUACCGCUGUUUUACUUCGAUUCGCGGCUGUGAAAUCUCAUCUUAAUUCCAGCUCCCUAUUCGCACCAAAAUUCGUUAUGAUGGGAGGGCAGUCCAGCAAGACGAGUAAGGCUGAUGUGCCUUUGGCUGUCAGAUUGGGUACCAAUUCCCAGUUCGCAGCUGACUUGAAGUCGUACGAAACUGCAUGUGUGGCCGACCCGAACUUACAAUCCUUCGACGCCUCCAUUCAAGAGCGAACUAACAGGGUGAUCAACUCACUUGCCAAUGGGGUUCAGGUUCGCUCCUUAUCUCUUGAUUCUCUGAGAGAAGUGACUGAUACUCUGCUAGAAAAUCACGAGGAAGUGGUCAGAAUCUUUCUGGCAUGCAAGAACGAUAUAAUGAAGAACGAAGACCUAUCCUCCUUGGUUGACGAGUUUUUUGAAAAUAGCCUCUUGACAUUGGAUUUCUGUAAUGAACUUCAUCAGUGCUUGAGACGGGCACGUGAUAACCAGGUAAUAAUUAAGUCAGCGCUCAACCAUUUUGCGGUAGAGGGCGAAAAUGGAGUGGAAGGGGCGAGGUAUGUAGAAACGUUGCAGCAACUGAAGAAAUUUACCGACGCUGGAGACCCCUUCACGCAAGAGUUUUACUUGUUGUUUGAGUCGGUUUAUGCUAAGCAGGUAUCAAUGUUGGAGAAACUGCAAGCCAGAAAGAGGAAGCUUGAUAAGAAACUGAAAUCCCUCAAGGCAUGGAGGAGGGUGGCAAAUGCCAUUUUUUUGACCGCAUUUGUUUCUGUGUUGAUUUUCUCGGUGGUGGCAGCUGUUGUUGUUGCACCACCUAUAGUAGCGGCUUUAGCUGGCGCAUUGACUGUUCCAAUAGGCUCAGUAGGAAAAUGGUGUAAUUCACUAUUUCAGGGAUAUGAGAAAGCCGUGAAAAGCCAAAGGGAAGUGCUUAGCUCAAUGGAGUUUCGUACCUAUAUCACAUUACAGGACUUGGAUAGCAUUCGAUCCCUGGUCAACAAAUUGGAAAUAAAGAUUGGGUCAAUGUUGCAUAAUGCUGAUUUUGCUCUCAAGGAUGAGGAUGCUAUGGAGCUUGCACUCGAUGAGAUCAAGAAGCAGAUGGAACAUUUUUCCGAGAGUAUUGAGACUUUGAAUGAGCAUGCUGAUAGAUGUAGUCGGGAGAUAAGGAAAGCUAGGACAGUGAUUAUACAUAAGAUAAUCAAACCUCCACGUUGAUAGUUCUUUGCUGUGUCUAGUGAUGGCUUUUAAUUUUUAGCUUACUAUUCUGGACCAUUUAAGACUUGCUGAUUAAACACCUGGAUUAUUCAUUGGGGUGCGUCAAAAGAAAUACAGGGAUGGUACUUGUGUAUAACAUUUCUGUGCUUGAUGUGUAUGGAUCUCUUAAAGAUAUAUAUAUUUAUAUACAUACAUAUUUAUGCACACUGAUUAUCACAAUUUUUGUACUUUUAAGAGUUUCCGGUUAUUUUAGCAGCUUAACCCGUCAAAAGUAUUCAAUUCCCUGUGUGGGCAGAUAGACUCAAACUUACUAUAGGUUUCGACCCUCUGGCCAUAGCCUCUCCCUCCCAGAGAAAGUUGAGGCUGCCUAUGAAAAGUAUUGAAAACAUCACAAGGAAUCUCUAGGGGGUUCUCAUUUAUUCUGCUGAAAAAGAUUCUGGUUACCAUCUGGUCCUCACAUGCUGAACUCUCACUUUGAAUCCUUCGUGGUUUUGGGAAUAUGUUUGGCAGUCAUUUUGUGAUCAAGUUGCUACAGAUUAUUUGAUUAAUCAUGUUUUGUUGGUUUUGAUUUGGGGAUUGGAAUUUUGUUUUAUUUUCUCAGUUGCUUGGAUAAUGGUUAUGUGCAUCCGGAUUAGCUAAGUGAUGGCAAUGGCUAGCAACCGAUUAUUGAAGGAGACCCUGGUUUUCGUCUGCUGGAGGAUGUUCUGCUUCGGCCUCUUAGGGCCUUCUACCUGUCCGUCCCAAAGCGGGAAGCCUAAUGGUUGAGCUAUAUUAUUGUGAAAAAUAAUUCUUUUCUUCUCAAAAGUAACAUUAGAAAAAAA